AUGAGUAAUCAGAAGAAGAGGAAUUUUCAGAUAGAGGCGUUUAAGCACAAAGUGGUGGUGGAUCCGAAAUACGCCGACAAGACUUGGAAGAUCCUCGAACAUGCCAUUCAUGAGAUUUACAACCACAACGCCAGUGGCCUCAGCUUCGAAGAGCUUUAUAGAAAUGCUUAUAAUAUGGUUCUACAUAAAUAUGGUGAGAAGCUGUACUCUGGGCUUGUAUCAACAAUGACCUACCACCUACAGGAGAUGGCAAGAUCCAUAGAAGCAGCUCAAGGUGGUCUGUUUCUGGAAGAGCUUAACAGGAAGUGGACAGAUCAUAAUAAGGCAUUGCAGAUGAUUCGUGAUAUCUUGAUGUACAUGGACCGAACUUUCAUUCCAAGUAACCAUAAAACCCCUGUGCAUGAGCUCGGACUAAAUCUCUGGAGGGAUAAUGUGAUACAUUCAAGUAAAAUUCAGACUAGGCUUCUAGACACACUUCUUGAACUGAUACUCCGAGAAAGGACUGGUGAAGUAAUUAAUAGGGGGCUGAUGAGAAAUAUAAUUAAGAUGCUAAUGGAUUUAGGACCUUCAGUGUAUCAAGAAGACUUUGAAAGACCCUUUCUUGAGGUGUCAGCUGACUUUUAUAGGGCCGAGUCCCAGGAGUUCAUAGAUUGCUGUGAUUGUGGAGAUUAUCUUAAGAAAGCCGAGAGACGUCUAAAUGAAGAGAUAGAGAGGGUGUCACAUUACUUGGAUGCAAAGAGCGAAGCCAAGAUAACUAAUGUCGUUGAGAAAGAGAUGAUUGCUAGUCACAUGCUGCGGUUAGUUCACAUGGAUAAUUCAGGCUUGGUUAAGAUGCUAAUUUUUGACAGGUAUGAAGACUUGGGAAGGAUGUAUAGCUUAUUUCGCCGGGUUUCAAAUGGUCUUUCAACCAUAAGAGAUGUAAUGACGUCACAUUUGAGAGACACUGGCAAACAGCUUGUUACAGAUCCUGAAAAGUUGAAGGAUCCUGUAGAAUUUGUCCAAUGUCUUCUGAAUGAAAAAGAUAAGUAUGAUAAGAUUAUAAGCUUGGCGUUUAGCAAUGACAAGACAUUCCAGAAUGCCUUAAACUCGUCAUUUGAGUUCUUCAUUAAUCUCAAUCCUCGUUCUCCUGAGUUUAUUUCUUUGUAUGUGGAUGAGAAACUGCGGAAAGGUCUGAAGGGAGUUAGUGAGGAAGAUGUUGAGACUAUUCUUGACAAGGUGAUGAUGCUGUUCCGUUAUUUGCAGGAGAAAGAUGUAUUUGAGAAAUAUUACAAGCAGCAUUUGGCAAAACGACUUCUGUCUGGGAAAACAGUUUCUGAUGAUGCUGAGAGAAGUCUUAUUGUUAAGCUGAAGACAGAAUGUGGCUACCAGUUUACCUCAAAACUAGAGGGCAUGUUCACCGACAUGAAGACAUCUCAGGAUACCAUGCAAGGGUUUUACACUGCCUAUAGUGCUGAGUUGGGAGAUAGUCCUACAUUGGUUGUCCAGGUUUUGACUACCGGAUCCUGGCCUACUCAACCUAGCAUGACAUGCAACCUGCCAGCCGAAAUGUCAGCUCUAUGCGAGAAGUUCCGUUCAUAUUAUCUUGGAACGCAUACAGGUCGAAGAUUGUCCUGGCAAACAAACAUGGGCACUGCUGAUAUUAAAGCAGUCUUUGGAAAGGCGCAAAAGCAUGAACUGAAUGUGUCCACCUACCAGAUGUGUGUCCUCAUGUUAUUUAACACUGCUGAUAGGCUUAGCUACAAGGAAAUUGAGCAGGCCACAGGGAUUCCUUCAUCUGAGUUGAAAAGAUGCUUGCAGUCCCUGGCUUGUGUGAAGGGGAAGAAUGUUCUGAGGAAAGAACCCAUGAGUAAAGAUAUUGGGGAAGAAGAUGCAUUUUUUGUGAAUGAUAAGUUUACCAGCAAGUUUUAUAAGGUGAAAAUAGGAACUGUGGUUGCGCAGAAGGAAUCUGAACCCGAAAAGCAGGAGACACGGCAGAGGGUGGAGGAGGACAGGAAGCCCCAGAUCGAGGCUGCAAUAGUUAGGAUCAUGAAGUCCCGUAGAGUUUUGGAUCAUAACAAUAUUAUCGCGGAGGUUACAAAACAGUUGCAAUCUCGUUUCCUGGCCAACCCUGGAGAAAUAAAGAAGCGAAUCGAAUCCCUGAUCGAGCGGGAUUUCUUGGAAAGGGAUGAAGAUAAUAGGAAAAUGUACAAGUACCUUGCAUGA